AUGUAUCGCGGUGUAUUGGGCGCAAUAAUCGUACUGUUGGUGUGCGCGUCGCAUGGUAGAAUCAUUCCGCAACAGCAUACCGGCAUUCAAAGCUACAACGUAACUGGAAGACUGUUUUGUGGUACCGAACCAGCUCCAGGUAUACGAGUUAAAUUGGUCGAUGAUGACUUUGGGUCAGAUCCAGAUGAUGAAUUGGAUGCAGGUUACACCGAUCAACAUGGUUAUUUCAAAUUAUCCGGUAACACCAAUGAAAUGACGACUAUCGAUCCUCAUCUUAAAAUCUACCAUGAUUGCAACGAUGGCGCUACUCCAUGUCAACGGCGCUGGAAAUUCGAAUUGCCGAACCACUACAUAACAAACGGUGAAGUACCGCAAAAGGCUCUCAAUAUUGGCACAUGGAAUCUGGAAGCCAUUAUGCCUGAUGAAAGCCAUGAUUUGGAUAAACAAAAAACACGAUGGCUUCUUUUCCUCUCACGAACACUGCCUUCCACGCACGCCAAUUUUAACUAUCUCCUAUCUCCAUCAAAGUCUCUGCCAACGAAAGAGGAAAAGAUACCGCAACCGGCUUACAAUUUCGUUUGUCACGUUGGAAUGCGGUUUGCCUCAAAGGUUCCUGCUUGGUCUUGUUAUGAAUUGAUGGGAUUGGGAUGUGCAAAUGGGAGGUGCAGUGCGAUGGAAGCAGUAGCGGAGCACGAUUUCAAUGCCACAGCUGAGGAUGAGCUCAGUUUUCGGAAAAAUCAAAUUUUAAAGGUUUUAAAUAAGGAUGAAGAUCCACAUUGGUAUAAAGCAGAAUUAGAUGGACAUGAGGGUUUCAUUCCCAGUAAUUAUAUCAGAAUGAAUGAGCAUAAUUGGUAUCUUGGGAAAAUUAGUCGUGCAGAUGCAGAAGCAUUGUUGUUGCGAUCGGGAAAUAGUGAUGGUGCAUUUCUUGUGCGGCAGUCCGAGAGCUCUCCUGGCGAUUUUAGCAUUUCUGUAAGGUUUCAAGAUUCGGUGCAGCAUUUUAAAGUGCUGCGCGACAAUAAUGGCAAAUAUUACCUUUGGGUGGUAAAAUUCAAUUCCAUCAACGAAUUAAUCAAUUACCACCGGUCGGCAUCUGUUUCUCGUUCGCACACAAUUUUGCUUCAAAAUAUGAAUAGCGUGACAGCUCAAGGUACUCAUUUGGUGCAGGCCAUGUUUGAUUUUAAGCCACAAGAAGAUGGUGAACUGGGUUUCAAGCGAGGAGAUAUUAUUACUGUGACAAAUCGAGAAGAUGAAAACUGGUGGGAAGGUAUGUUGAACGGAAAAGCGGGCAUGUUUCCAGCAACUUAUGUUUGUCCAUUCAAUAAUUCUGCAAGUGCUCAUUAA